UGGCACCAACAUGCGCAGUGCGUGGAGCGGGCGGGAGUGUGGAAGUUGAGUCUCGUUGGUCCUUGGCUGAAACUCACUUCCAGUCGAUCGCCUUUCUGUUUCUGCUUGACAGUCGCUUGGGAUUAGCAGUAAACUGAGAGUUCGCGCUCACUGUGCAGCCAUAAUCAGCGCUGCACGUAAUUAUAAUAUACACACACACACACACACACACACACACAUCAUUAUUUGUUCUUCUCUCUACGCUGCGGCGUUUCCCAGAAGCUUUUGCCCGGACCAAGAAGGAGGGAGUUAUUUCUGGAGCUUUUUGAGCAACUCGUCAGCGCAAAAAUUGACAAUUUCAGCGAGUUUUAACGGGCCCGCUACGCUGGAAACAAUGGUUUGCAGAUGGCAGACUGUGUGAGUAAGGUUGAACUAAGCAUCUCCUGUGAAAACCUACUGGAUAAAGAUGUUUUCUCUAAAUCUGAUCCACUCUGUGCACUCCUUCUAAAUACUGGUGGAAAUCAAUGGGUUGAGAUUGGUCGCACAGAAAUGGUUAAGAACUGCCUUGAUCCAAAAUUUUCGAAGAAAUUUCUGCUAGAUUAUUACUUUGAACAAGUCCAGAAGCUGAAAUUUGGAGUCUAUGAUAUUGAUAAUGAAACAUUUGAUCUGGGUGAUGAUGACUUCCUCGGAGAAAUUGAAUGUACUCUGGGCCAGAUUGUUUCCGGCAAGAAAUUGACCAGACCCCUCGUGUUGCACAAUGGAAAGCCGGCAGGGAAAGGAACAAUCACGAUUUUUGCAGAAGAAGUAAAAGAUAAUCGAGUGGUUAACUUUGAAGUUCAAGCUCGCAAGCUAGAUAAAAAGGAUUUUUGGGGAAAAUCUGAUCCUUAUCUGGAAUUUUGUAAGCAGUCUCCUGAUGGAAAAUGGCAAAUGGUACAUAGGACUGAGGUCGUGAAAAGAAAUUUAAAUCCCACUUGGAAACCGUAUAAAAUUCCCUUGCAGACACUUUGUAACAGUGAUUUGAGGAAGCCAAUCAAGGUAACCUGCUACGACUAUGACAAUGACGGAUCACACGAUCUGAUCGGGACGUUCGAGACCAAUAUGGAGACGUUACAAGUAGCAUCACAUACCUCACCAGCUGAAUUUGAGUGUAUUAAUCCAAAGAAAAAACAGAAAAAGAGAAGUUACAAAAACUCUGGAAUAGUGAGCUUCAAAUUGUGUCAGAUUGUGAAAGAAUAUUCUUUCCUGGAUUAUAUCAUGGGUGGCUGUCAGAUGAACUUCAUUGUCGGCAUUGAUUUCACAGGCUCUAACGGAGAUCCUCGUAAACCUGACUCCCUACAUUACAUUAAUCCUAAUGGAUUUAAUGAAUACCUGAUGGCAAUCUGGUCUGUUGGAAUGAUCAUUCAAGACUAUGAUACAGACAAAUUGUUCCCAGCAUUUGGAUUUGGUGCUCAGAUACCUCCUAACUGGCAGGUAUCACAUGAAUUUCCGCUCAAUUUUAACCCGACAAAUCCAUUCUGUGCAGGAGUGCAAGGGAUUGUUGAAGCCUACCAAAACUGCCUGCCUCGGGUGAAGUUGCAUGGACCAACAAACUUCUCUCCCAUAAUAAACCAUGUGGCAAGGUUUGCAGCUGCAGCAGCCCAGCAGCCAACAGCAUCACAAUACUUCAUCCUGCUGAUCAUCACAGACGGUGUGAUAACAGAUCUUGAUGAUACACGACAGGCCAUUGUUAAUGCUGCCAAGUUGCCAAUGUCCAUCAUCAUUGUUGGUGUUGGUGGAGCAGAUUUCAGUGCCAUGGAGUUUCUGGACGGUGAUGAAUGUGUCCUGAAGUCACCAACGGGAGAAACCGCCAUCCGAGAUAUUGUCCAGUUUGUGCCUUUCAGAAAGUUCCAUAAUGCCACAAAAGAAGCUCUUGCGCAAAGUGUCCUGGCCGAGCUGCCUCAGCAAGUGGUGUGCUACUUCAAUUCACGCAAGCUCCGUCCUCCAAAUGAGCCCGACCCUGAAGCCCUCUAAAUUCAUCGCUAAAUGUUUAUAAUGCAUGUUGCCACAAAAUAUAGUUUCCUCUAAAGUAACACCGGAAAGGCAUGUGUUAACAUUCAAUGUAUUUAUGUUACAUCUGUCUGUAUUUUUUCAAAGUUUUAGAAUUAUUUAAAAUUUAAAAUACUUUGUUGCAUUAUAAAUAUUUUAUAUGCGAGUUUAAAAAGUGACUUUUUUAACGAAUGGAUGAAGUCAAAUCAUUGUAUCAUAAUCAUCAUUUACUAUCUGUAAAAUUGUUCAUUUGCCACGGAUACCAUUUUUAGAAAUGCUUAAAGAAGCAAUCUUUUGUUAAUCUCUUAAUAUAUUCUACAGUUUUUAUACUGUUAUAAUUCAGCUUUUGAAUUUUAGGAUUAUAUGCCUGUAUCUGGCACCAAUGUAAACAAUUUUAAUUGCUUAAUUAUGGAUUUGUGAAUGAUUUACAUAUCUAACAGUGCAUGAGUAUAUUGUACUAAGUGUAACUUAGGAAAUAAUAAUUUGAGCAUUAACAUUUUAAAAACUUAGUGAUUAUACUGUAGGCUAUAUUAUCCAAUCCAAGAUGUUCUAUGUAUAAUGCAAUUUUUAAACAGUGAUUAUGUACUAAUUAGAAGAUUUUAGCUUUGGCCAUAUUGAUUGCCUUCAUGCAAUAUUUAUUUUUCCUAAUUUUAUCAUUUAGGUUUUGUCUGUGAUGUCAAAGUAAAUGCUGGAUAACUACUGAAUUUCAAAGAAACUAUCAAACAGAUUUUUUUAAAAGCGUAAUGAUACUUGACGAUCGAGCCUGCUCAUUAAUAGCACAGCAAUAGAGAGUCAAUAAUUACAUGUCCCAGAACCCAGAAUAUUAACAGUUUUAAGAGUGGGAAUUUGAAAAAGACUGGGAGACUCAAGGAUGUUUUGAAUUCUGAGUUUUUUUUCUAGCCAUGGUGGCAGAGUGAAAGUCCACCUAACGCGAUAAUAUUUUACUGUUAUACUGGUGAUAUCAUGGAGUCUUCAAUAAAGUGGCGGCACGGUGGCGCAGCGGUAGAGUUGCUGCUUUACGGCGCCAGAGACCCGGGUCCGAUCCCGACUACGGGUGUUGUCUGUACGGAGUUUGUACGUUCUCCCCUUGACCUGCGUGGGUUUUCACCGGGUGCUCCGGUUUCCUCCCACACUCCCAAGGAAGUACAGGUUUGUAAGUUAAUUGGCUUGGUAAAAUUGUAAACUACCCCCUUAGUGUGUAGGAUAGUGCUAGUAUGUGGGGAACGCUGGUCGGCGCGGAGUCGGUGGAUUGAAGGGCCUGUUUCCACAUUGUAUCUCUAAACUAAACUAAAGGUAAUACUGGUGGAAUUGCUAUAGUUCAGAGUAAAUAUUGUUUUAAUAUUAUGGCAUCUGUGAAUACACUUGGUUUGAUAGAGGUUUCAAGUACUUGAAAUUGCAACUCACUGCCUGUUGCUCUUCCGUCUGGAGGGAGACUGUUAUCGUUUUAUAUUACUAGAUGCCAACUUGGUGCCAAUUUACAGCAUUUGAAAUUUUUAUUUCAAGAAUUGUGGGGGUUUUUUUUAAUACGAAUUUUGCUCAUUCAUUAUUUCAUCUGAAGCUCCCAUUUAGCGCGGCACAGUGGCAGAGAGCCGGGUUCGAUCUUAAGCUCCAGUGCUGUCUGCUUGGAGUUUACGCAUUCUCCCUGUGACCGCGUCAGCGCUCUGGUUUCUUCCCACAUCCCAAAAAGACGUGCGGGUUUGUAGGUUACAUAGAAACAUAGAAAAUAGGUGCAGGAGGAGGCCAUUCGGCCCUUCGAGCCAGCACCGCUAUUCAUUGUGAUCAUGGCUGAUCAUCCCCUAUCAAUAACCCGUGCCUGCCUUCUCCCCAUAACCCUUGACUCCACUAGCCCCUAGAGCUCUAUCUAACUCUCUCUUAAAUCCAUCCAGUGAUAUGGCCUCCACUGCCCUCUGUGGCAGGGAAUUCCAUAAAUUCACAACUCUCUGGGUGAAAACGAUUUUUCUCACCUCAAUCUUAAAUGACCUUCCCUUUAUUCUAAGACUGUGGCCCUUGGUUCUGGACUCGCCCAACAUUGGCAACAUUUUUCAUGCAUCUAGCUUGUCCAGUCCUUUUAUAAGUUUCGAUAAGAUCCCCCCCUCAUCAUUCUAAACUCCAGUGAAUACAAGCCUAGUCUUUUCAAUCUUUCCUCAUAUGACAGUCCCGCCAUCCCAGGGAUCAAUCUCGUGAACCUACGCUGCACUGCCUCAAUCACAAGGAUGUCCUUCCUCAAAUUGGGAGACCAAAACUGUACACAAUACUCCAGAUGUGGUCUCACCAGAGCCCUAUACAACUGCAGAAGAACCUCUUUGCUCCUAUACUGAAAUCCUCUUGUUAUGACAUCUGGAAUGGACGAGAUAGUGGGAUAACAUAGAACUAGCAGGAUCGAGGGUCAGUGUUAGCUCAGUGGGCUAAAGGGCAUGUUUCUACUCUGUAUAUUUCAAUGAUUCCAUUAGUAUUGCUUGUCAGAAUUGCUGAAGUUUAUUCUUGUCAUCUCAUACUGCCUCUACUUGAAACACUGAUAAUAUAUCAUGUGCAUUGUUUUAUAGAAGAGAUUAUAAUUUAGUUAUUUCUUCUCGACUUGAAACAUUAAGAAUUGUUAAACAAUUUAUUAAUCUACCUUCAAUAAACUUAUACCUGUUCAUUCAGUA